GUCAAAACCCAGACUCGGAAUACAAUCUCUCCUUGCUGCGGCGUCUACGGCGUCAUAAAUAAAACCCCAAAUCAAGGUGGGAAAUUCUCGCUCUCCCUCCCUCGUCUUUUGAUCCUGUGGAACGUGAAGCCUACAGCUUUCGGUUUCAGGUUUGGUUUCCUUCGAGGAACCGAUCCCGCGGAUUUUGUGGGCUAAUUGCUCAAAUCAAGGAGCAACUGUUUUUGGGAACCAGGAUCAGCUUAGGGUUUUAUUCUCGUGUUGAUCUCUGUUUCGGUAGAUGGCAUCCACUUCUCAAUUCCAGGUGGAGGAUCAGACGGACGAGGAUUUCUUCGACAAACUCGUCGAUGACGACUUUAAUCCCAGCGAAGCACAAGCAUCAUCUUCCGCUACGGGGAUGAAGUUGGAGGACGGCAAUGACUCCGAUGACGCUACAGCUUUUGCCAAUCUCUCCAUCAGCGAUGAUUCUGGUGGAGAUGGUACAUUGCUUGAGGCAGAAGGGGGGAAUGAUUCUGCAAAAACUAAUAUAGGCGCUAUUACUUCCGAAGCUGCAGAAUUUAUCCGUAGCAAUGCAAAUAAAUCGAGCAAUGAAGGGCUGUUAUCGGAAGAAGUGGCAAUAUCUGCGACAGCAGGGGAAAGCCCAAUACUUGAUGGAUCUGGGGGUUCUGGCAUUAAGGAAGUCGGUUGGAGCUCGUUUUAUAUGGAUUCAUCCGUCAACAAUGGCCAGGGUUUUGGUUCAUACUCGGAUUUCUUGAGCCAGUUCGAGGAAGAUGCCGUAGAUUCACAAGGAAAGGCGAAGGAAUAUAUCACUGGUGGUGGAAACAUAGUCUCCAACAAUUCAAAUAACAAAAACAUUGGUUUAGACAAUUCGGUGGGUUUGGGCCAUCAGGGGGAACUGCACAGUGCUUAUGCGAAUGGGCAGGAUACAGAUAUCAGUCAAUACUGGGAAAAUCUCUACCCUGGAUGGAAGUAUGAUGCAAAUACUAGGGAGUGGUAUCAAGUUGAUGGUCAUGAAGAAAACAUGAAUUUGCAGGGGAACUAUGGCCAUUCAACAGAUGACUGGAGUGGGGGUUCUGCUGGAAAAUCUGAUGUUGCUCAUCUCCAACAAAGUACUCAAUCUGCCAUUGAGACAGUGACUGAGACAGGCACAACUGAGAGUGUGUCUGGAUGGAACCAGCUUUCACAUGUGAACAAUGGAUAUCCUGAGCAUAUGGUCUUUGACCCUCAAUAUCCAGGUUGGUACUAUGACACGGUUGCUCAGGAAUGGCUCACAUUGGACAGCUACAUUCCGGCUGCUCAAACCACAGGUCUUGACGCUCAUAAUCAACAAGUUCAGAAUGGCUAUGUUUCUACAGGAUAUAGUGGCCAUAGCAAUAGUAGUGAUAUGUAUGGUGAAUAUGGCCAGAAACAGACACUGGCGACCCAAGAAUUCAGUAGCCAAGCGCAACAAAGCAUGUGGGAUCAGUCUAGCUAUGUCUACAAUAACACAUGGCAGUCAGAAACUGCAGCCAGGGCUGAGACCACUGUAACUUCUUCAUUAUCAAGCUUUGUUGUAAACCAGCAGAUGAAUAGUAACUAUAGUACCGAGGCUGUUGCUGAACAGCCAGCAGUUGCACAAACAUUUGGAAAGACGAGUCAACCACAAUUUAAGACUAAUGAGAUCGGCGUACAGAGCUUUAGCCCUCCCUAUAAAGAUACGGGUGUUUUCCAGCAAAAGGGACCAGUGAAUUUCUCAAACGAUUUUUACGGUGUGCAGAAAUCUCCAAAUGUUGCCCAACAGUCAUUUCAGAGCAGUCAACAGUUCUUUCCUGCUCCAACUGUAGGAAGGUCACCUGAUGGACGUCCCAUACACACACUUGUUAGUUUUGGUUUCGGUGGAAAGCUAAUAGUUAUGAAAGAUAAUAGUGGUUCUCUCCAGAAUUCAUCAUUUGGGAGCCAGGGAACUAUGGGAAGCUCUAUCUCUGUGCUAAAUCUGGCAGAAGUUUUCACUGGGAAUGCCAAUACUUCAAAUAUGGGAGGGGGCACUUCAGGUUACUUCCAUUGUCUAUGUCAACAAUCUUUCCCUGGUCCCUUGGUUGGAGGAAAUGUUGGAAGUAAAGACCUAAAUAAGUGGCUUGAUGAGAGAAUUGUGAAUUGCGACUCUCUUGAAGUGGAUUUUUCAAGAGGACAACUUUUGAGACUUCUUCUUUCUUUGCUCAAAAUAUCAUGUCAGUAUUAUGGGAAACUCCGCUCUCCUUUUGGCACCGAAACAACACAACAGGAUACAAAUACUCCGGAAGCUGCAGUUGCAAAACUUUUCGCAUUUGCGCAGAAGGAUGGUAUCCAAAAUGUUAGUCAAGCAGCUUUAGGUCAAUGCGUGCUGCAUUUACCACCUGAAGCACAAAUGCAAGUAACUGCUUCAGAGGUUCAGAGUCUUCUUGUUUCUGGUAGGAAAAUGGAUGCUUUACAAUGUGCGCAAGAAGGCCAGUUAUGGGGACCUGCACUUGUCAUUGCAGCACAGCUAGGGGAUCAGUUCUAUGUUGAUACUGUGAAACAAAUGGCACUUCGCCAGUUGGUCCCAGGAUCACCUUUGCGGACAUUAUACCUGCUAAUUGCGGGCCAACCAGCAGAAGUGUUCUCCACAGGAAGUGCAGGUGGUAGCAGUCUUCCCGGCUCCAUGCAUAUGUCUCAACACCAGCCGCAGUUUGGAAGCGACAGCAUGCUUGGCAACUGGGAAGAGAACUUGGCUAUAAUAACUGCAAACAGAACCAAAGACGAUGAGCUUGUGAUCACUCAUCUUGGAGAUUGCUUGUGGAAAGAAAGGAGAGAGAUUAUCGCAGCACAUAUCUGCUAUUUAGUCGCCGAAACGAACUUUGAACCAUACUCUGAUGGUGCAAGACUCUGCCUUGUUGGAGCAGAUCAUUGGAAAUAUCCUCGAACUUACGCAAGUCCAGAGGCUAUCCAGAGGACAGAGUUGUAUGAAUACUCUAAGGUGCUAGGAAACUCUCAAUAUAUCCUGCUACCAUUUCAGCCUUAUAAGCUGAUAUACGCCCAUAUGCUGGCUGAAGUUGGUAAAGUUUCAGAUGCGCUAAAGUACUGUCAAGCAGUACUAAAAUGCCUCAAAACGGGCAGAGCCCCUGAAGUGGAAAUGUGGAAACAGCUCGUUUUAUCGCUUGAAGAGAGAAUCCGUAUCCAUCAACAGGGUGGAUAUACUGCAAAUCUUGCUCCAGGAAAACUCGUUGGAAAGCUGCUCAACCUUUUUGAUAGUACUGCACAUCGCGUUGUUGGAGGCAUGCCACCACCUGCACCAUCCUUAUCUACAGGAAACUUUCUAGUAAAUGAGUAUAACCAUCAACAAAGAGCAGCGGCUGGAGUAUCAACUAGCCAACCAGCCAUGACAAUGCCAUCAUUGAUGCCAUCUGUUUCAAUGGAGCCCAUACGUGAAUGGGGUGGUGGUGAGAGUAAGAUGACAGUCCAGGCUAGAAGUGUAUCAGAGCCAGUUUUUGGUAGGACGCCAAAACAGGAUGAGGUUGGCUCUUUAAAAGAAAAAGCUUUGGACGGGGUGAUGUCCCAGGAGAAAUCAUCAGAGGCAGGGACAGGUUCACGGUUAAGUCGCUUUGGUUUUGGAAUACUGAAGAAGACAGUUGGGAGGGUCUUACAAGCUAGGCCAAGCCGAGAGGCCAAACUGGGUGAGGAGAACAAAUUCUACUAUGACGAUAAACUGAAGAGAUGGGUAGAGAAAGGCGUAGAACCACCAGCUGAAGAAGCUGCUCUACCACCCCCUCCAACAACAGCUGCAUUCCAUACCAACUCACCGGGUUCGAGUUUGGGUUCUGACUCUAAUAACGAGAUGUCUCCCCCGAGUGGGAACCAGAGUUUCGGAAGCCCAGCUCCAUCAGAGAAUUCAUCAGGAAUGCCACCUAUCCCAAGUGGUUCGAAUCAAUUCUCGGCACGUGGACGUAUGGGUGUCCGUUCAAGGUACGUCGACACAUUCAAUCAAGGACGUGGAAGCCCGGGAAGCAUGUUCCAUUCACCACCCGUCCCAAGUGCGAAAUCAUCAAUGCCAACAAACACAAAGUUCUUCAUACCAACAACACCACCGGUGACACCUGAAAACGAGGAGAAGGGAGGAGAAGAAGCUGGUGAAACAAGAAGCCAGCCGCCGUCCCAGUCCCUGACAUCAUCAUCGUCAUCUCCAGAGACUGCAAUCAAUAGUAGAUUUCCAAGCAUUGACGACAACAACAACAUCAGACGAACAGGAUCAGGAACAAACGUGAAGAGGGAGAGGGGUCUUCCUCCUGCAUCAUCCAGAAGAACAGCUUCAUGGAGUGGAAGCUCUUCAAGUGACCCUCAGCAAGUCAUGUCUUCCCCCCCUAUCCCACUUCAUCCUAUUAGCAGUUUCGGUGUCGAUGAACUUCAGGAGGUCCAACUCUAAGUGUCGAAGGUGAAAUUGCUCUCUGGGAUCUUGGGACAGAAGAGGUCAAGCCGGACAGGGGGGUUGGCAACUAUCUAUACAUACAUAUAUGCAUAUAUAUGGUUCCUCUUCUUUUUCGGCGGAUGAGAAUUACAGUAGAGAUAAAGAUAGAUACAAAGUUUGUACAGGCGUUGAUUCGUUUUUUUUCUUAUCUCAGAAGCCCCCAUGAGAUUCAUCAAAACUGUACCGACUGGUAAACUGAAUAAAAGGACCAAAUAUCUUUUUUUUUUUUGGGAAUAAUAAUAACAAUGAGUCCUUGAUUGGA